AUUUCUCUGUGAAUUUCCUCAUAUUUCUCUAAGACACAGAAUAUUUAAGAAUGGAGUUCACCAAAACAAGUUCCCUCCUAAUAUUCUUGCUAGUGUUUGUCUCAAGCUUGAUCCAUGCUAAGGCAUACCAAAAUCUAUACUGUGGCAGAGGAACCAGAUGCUAUGGAAAGUACAUCACAUGUCCUGCUGAAUGCCCUAACAGUGAAACAAACAAUCCUAAGACUAAGGUUUGCCAAAUCGAGUGCAACAAACCUACUUGCAAGGCAGUCUGCAGAAGUCGCAAGCCAAACUGCAAUGCACCAGGAUCAGGAUGCUAUGAUCCCCGUUUCAUUGGUGGAGAUGGUAGAGUCUUCUACUUCCACGGAAAGACCAACGAACACUUCUCCUUAGUCUCCGAUUCCAACCUUCAAAUCAAUGCACGCUUCAUUGGACACAGGCCUGAAGGAAGAAGCCGUGACUACACAUGGAUCCAAGCCCUUGGAAUCCUCUUCAACUCCAAAAGCUUCUCACUUGAGGCCACCAAGACACCCCAGUGGAAUGAUGAACUUGACCACUUCAAAUUCACCUACAAUGAGAACCAAGUAGCCCUAGCUGAAGGCUCUCUCUCCACUUGGCACAGUGAAGAAAAAGAUAUAAAGGUGGAGAGAGUGGCAAGCAAGAACAGUGUGAUGGUUACAGUGAAGGAUGUGGCUGAAAUAUUGGUGAAUGUUGUGCCAAUAACCAAAGAGGAUGACAGAAUCCACAACUACCAAGUGCCUUCUGAUGACUGUUUUGCUCACUUGGAAGUUCAGUUCAGAUUCUUUGCUUUGUCCCAAAAAGUUGAUGGUGUACUUGGAAGGACUUAUAGGUUGGAUUUUGAGAACCCAGCAAAGCCUGGUGUGGCUAUGCCUGUUGUUGGAGGAGAAGACAAGUACAGGACUAACUCAUUGCUCUCUCCUGAUUGUGUUUCUUGUGUGUUCUCACAGGAAAGUUCUGCUGAGAAAGAGACCAUGGAAUAUGGCACCCUUGAUUGCACCAAGUUUUCAAAUGGGUUGGGAAUCGUUUGCAGGAAGUGAAAACUGUUUUUUAUUAUCCUUAAUUUAUGUUGUGUUGGGUAUGUUUAGAAACAAUAAUCCAAUGCGUGGUUGAGGUGAAAAAUCUGAAACCUCGUUUUGGGAAUAAUGAUUCUAUAUAUGCACACUAGUUUGCCUUUGUCGUAUGCUCAGUCACUCAUUGUAAUGUUAAACUCUUGUAUUGUUGCAGUACUUAUUAACUGCCAUGCAUGAAAAUAAAAAUGUUGUGUUUGUAGUUUAAA